AUGUCUCUACCGCACUUGCAGCGUCCAACGCGAGACGACUUCCUAAAGGCAGCGGACGGAUUUUGGCAAAGGAUGCGUGUUCGCUUCAAAUGGCUUACCAUCCGGUCCUUCAGGCGGUACAACGCGGACGACAUGUCCGCGUUCUUCACAUGGUUCCUCAUGAGCCAGACGCUUUGGCUUUUCGUCGGAACCACCACUUUCUUCUCAGUUGUGUUUGCGACUGCGAAUAGUUUGCGGUUGCAAGAAUACAUUGCUCGCGCUCUCAGCGACUACCUCACGGCCGAAACGGGGAUCACGAUUAUCUUCGAAUCGGCGAUCGUCCCGAAGUGGAGAGACUCGCGCAUAUCCUUCAAGAAUGUGUUCGUCACGCGUCGUCCGGACAACUUCUAUAGGCAAAAGCUGAGCAGCAACUCCGGACAUGCUGUUGCGGCUGGCUACGACCUGAGUAAUCAUCCCUCCUACCAUGGAAGGAUAGGAGAGGAAGACGAGGAAGCCCCGCAGGACCACUCAGAGGAUGACCUGAACUAUUCCAUGUUCGAUCUGAGCGUAGACUCUAUCGACGUGACGCUCUCGUUCGCUAGAUGGUUUGAAGGCAAAGGGUUGGUUGAGGACGCGGUGGUCAAGGGUGUGCGUGGUGUCUUAGACCGACGUUCGGUCACUUGGGACCCAGACCAUCCCCUCGACCCAGCAUCGUUCCGCCACAAAGCCCAGCCUGGCGACUUCGAGCUUGAAUCCUUGCAAAUCGAGGAUCUUCUCAUCACGGUGUACCAGCCAGGCAAUUUCCGGCCGUUCACCGCGUCCAUCUUCCGCGCGGACAUUGGAACGUUCCGCAAGCAAUGGGCGUUUUACGAUUUCCUCCGCGCAGAAAACGUCGUCGGGCAGUACGACAACUGCCUAUUUAGCUUGCACCGUCCGCAGAGCAUAGGCCGGACUACGGACCAGGACCUCAAAGGCGGCAAAUGGAGCCGCAUGUCGCGCUUCCGCAUGGACGGCCUGAAUAUCGACCACAUGCAGAGCAUGUCCACCUCCGGGGGACCCUUCUCCUGGCUCACUUCCGGCAAGGUCGAUGCCGUCCUCGACAUCAAGUUCCCGCGCGACCCAUCCGAGGGGCCUGCGCUCAAUGCCCUUCUCGGCGAGCUCGCCGACGCGAUCACGUCCGUCGCUAUGGACCGCAUCCCUGGGCAGCGCGAGCUCGCAAAGCCUCCGUUGAGCGCGCCUUCGGACGCAGAGGAGGAGGGGACAAUCGAAGAGGACAGACCGAAGGUGGUUGUGGACAUCGAUCUGCGCUUCAGGGACUUGAAAGCUGCAGUGCCGAUCUUCACGAGCGAUAUGAGCUACGUGAACAAUGCGCUGAUCAGGCCGAUCGUCGCGUUCAUGAAUGCCAAUCGUACCUUGGUUCCCAUCCGGUGUCGGGUAGUACAGGAUCUGGAGGAUUUCGAUGGAUCUUGGACGAUGUGGGAGACUGGUCUGAUCGAUGCAAUCUCCAUGAAAGUCUACGAAGCGAUGGCCUACCACGUCACCCAAGCUAACUUUCACCGCCGCGUCAAGGCCGUCGGCACAUGGUCCCUCCAGAUGACCGCGAGCGCGCUCAUGUCCACGCUCCGCGCCGCCAUGGACCCGAUGACAGCGCCCCUGCGCGAGCUCUACGAAAACGGAUUCCCGUCGGAGUCAGUGUUCCAGCUUCCCCAUACCCUAUCUGUGCUGCACGCACCGCACCUCAUACACCCUGCUGCGUCCGAAUGA